AUGGCACCUCAAACCCUUGCGGAGAAAGCCAAGGCCAAGCUCCAGGCUGUUCUAGAGGACCCCAACAGGAACGAUUCAUCAUCCUACAAGCAAAGAGUAAUGACUACUACGACUCCUGCGACGGGAUCCGACUGGACCAACACCUGGGUCCGACGAAACAGUAACGAUCGUCGGGCCAGUGUUGGAAGUGAAGGGUCAACUGGAUCACCUGUUCGCCGCAGGUCAAGCUUCCAAGAGUGGCUAUAUCCUUCAGCUCGUUAA